UUGUGUCCGCCUGCGUCAGGCGACACUAUGGAAUCGCCUGAGUCUGAUUGAUACACAAGCACGCAGUGCUUGAGUCUAGUUAAGCAGUACGUGUUCCUACACGUAUUUGUGUCCGACCACAAACGAGUCAGCCCAGGCACAAUGAAAUGCUCGAGAAAGCAAUUGAAAGCUUUCUGUGAGUAUAAUGGUAGUCUGUAGAAGAACACAAAUAGCGAAGUCUAUGCACUUUUCUCUUCGCAGUUCUUCGCUAAUGGCAGCCCCCAACAUGUGGCCGGCGUGGUUAAAUCGAAAUCACACGAGAUAAGCGCGCGCGACGCGUGGUACCUCAUGACACGCGUGGUGUAACAAACUUCCUCAAUAGAUAUAUAUAUAGCCAGCCAAGAGGUGACAACAUCAUGGCGGCUUCCAUAGGAAGCGGCCAUAAAAAUGAAUCAGAAGAUGAGGACUGGAAUAAGGUAGUAAAGAAUAAAAAGAGAAGACCAAAUCAUUUUGUUGCCAUCCGUGUAUUAGAUUCUAAGAUUCAUCUUGCCGCUAAAGAAUUUCAAGAAACAGUUUUAAAAGAAAAUGAAAAGUUGAAACCAGCAUUAAUUCCUUUAAUCUCACUACACAUAACAAUGGCUGUGAUGCAUUUAGAUGAUCCUUUGAUAGAAAUUGCAAAAGAUUCUUUAGAAAUGUGCAAGGAAAAAAUAAAUGAAGCUCUUGCAGAUGUUAAUUUUAGAUUAACAUUUUGUGGGGUUGGAAACUUCAAUAAUCAAGUAGUUUUUGCAAAGAUUCAAGAGAAGGAACAAAUUGAAUGCUUGAAGACCAUUAAUAGUGUGAUUACUGAAACAUUUCAGAAAAAUGGGAUUUGUCUUAGUAAUAAGAGGGAAUAUAACCCACAUUUGACAUUGAUGAAAUUAUCAGGAAUGAGUUCACUUGGAAAAAGUGGAAUAAGGAAAGUGGAAGAAAAAGUUUAUGCAUCCUCAGUUGAUUCAUACUUUGGCAAUGAAAUUGUAAGAAAUGUUUAUUUGUGUUGCAUGCAUGGGGAUAAGGAAGAUGAUGGUUUUUAUAAAUGUCUAUCAACAAUAACAUUUUCUAACAGCCCUGAAAUGAGUGAAUCUAAGAGUGACAAAUAAUAAAACAAUUAAGAUUUAAAAAAUAAAUGUGAGAAAUUUGAAAAAUCAAUGUUGUUGUUAAUAUGUUGUGAAAGGUAGUCUACAGUUGCAUAAAAGUUGUCUGUAGUUGAGUAAUUGUGUGGGUUAAGUUUGGUUUUAUAUGUCAAGUCAUUGGUUGUUCCUCUGUGCACAAAAGAAAUGAACAGUUGGAAUACAAACUUAUGUGUGUACUUUGCUUGUUGCCAAAGAAGAAAACGAGGCUAAAAAUCCAUAGUAUUACCAGUGGCUCUUGCAACUAUUAAAAUUCAUUUGUAUUACUUUAAAACUGCAUUGUUAAAUUUAAGCGAUAUAAAUUAUUUAAUGUACUCCCUUUUAGCAACAAAAUAUAUUUUACAAA